UCACAAAAAACUUGAAGGUUAUCUUAGGUCUAAGAUAAACAAAAAUAUUCGUCCACUAACGGACCAAUCACAGACACUAAACGUGACAUUCUUCCCCAUCUUGACCGCCAUUCAAAGUCUGAACGAGAAGACACAAGUGUUGAGUUGCAGUCUGGGAUUUACUCUUACAUGGAAUUCUGAUACUAUGACAUGGAACCCUAGUGAUUUUAACAACACCUCUGGACUUCACAUUUCUCCAAAAGACAUGUGGAUCCCCGAAUUAAUAAUUCACAAUGCUGUUGGUGAUACAUAUGAAUUACGAACAUCCAACUUUAUGAAACUUGCAAUAUCAAGUAACGGAUUUAUCAAUUGGAACACCGGUGGAAACACCGAGACAAGUUGCAAGGUGGACAUCUCAAGGUAUCCUUUUGACACGCAGACAUGUCAUAUCCUCAUUGGGAAGUCCAGCAGCUUGGAUUAUGAGCUAAUGAUGAUUCCAGCAGCAGCCAAAAUAAACACAUUUUUGUACGAUGAAAAUGAAAAUGGUGAGUGGGAACUUUUAGACACAAGUGUAGGCUAUCAUGCCAUCAAUGAACAAAUGACGUUUUUGAAGUGUACCCUUAUUCUUAAAAGGAGACCUCUUUUCUACAUUUUGAACAUCCUGUUGCCUGUCAUUCUACUGUCAUUGAUGAAUGUUCUAAGCUUUAAACUGUCCAUAAACUGUGGCGAAAGGAUGAGCUACAGUGUGGCUUUGUUUCUAACGUUUAUUGUUCUAUUGAAUAUCGUUGCUGAUGAAAUGCCCAAGGUAUCAAAAACUAUCUCCUUUCUUCAACUGUACAUAAAUACCCAGCUAGCCAUAGGAAUGUUCAUCACUACGAUAUCCGUGUUUCUGGUACACUCAACUAAUUCAAAAACAAAUGAUGACGUUACUGGGGCGGUGCAUGCUGUUUACAAAUUCUGCAAACUCUGUUCGAAGAAACAACAAGUGCGCCCUGAAUCUCCAAAAGGAGAUGACCAACAUGAAGACAAAUAUAUAAAAAGUGGCCAAUGCGAGAAGUUAGAAAUGGAGCAUGUUCAGCAGACCCCGGGAAGUGCGAAUGCAGAAACAAAUCAGUCCCCUUCGAUUGUGGAUGCUGUCAACGUCAUUGAUGACACCUUGUUUUGGUCAUUUCUAAUGUUAUUUGUCCUGAUCACGAUAGUUUUCUUGCUGUUAUGUUUAUUUUAACAGACCGAGCUAUCUGUAAAUAGUAGGUGACGUCAAUAGAGACACCCUCUUCUAUGACGGAUGCUGUCAAUGUUACACCAAGACAAGCUCAUAAGUGAACGAUGAAUUUUUUGAGAGGGAACUUUCAGACACAAGUGUAGACUUUUAUGUUGUCAAUGAACAAAUGAAGUUUUCUUCUUUCUAAACAUACUCUUUCCCGUCAUUAUUAUGUCGAUGAAGAAUGCUCUAAGCUUUAAAUUGUACAUAAUCUGUGGAGAAGGAUGAGCUUUAGUGUUUCUUCUUUUAAGUUGUUAUUGUUCAAUUUAAUGUCUCAAUCAAAAUAAUCCGUAAGGUAUCCAUUUUGCUUACUAUGUUCGAAGAAACAAUAAGGAAUGACGCCUCAAAUAAU